UAAAGUAAACAGCAACCAUAUGAGACGGUUAAGAAACCUACUCUGGCAGUUGCUACUUGAGACACCCCACAUAAAAUACAAGGAUGGCAAAAUGCAGCAUUUUAUGGAUAUUCAUUUGUUUAGUCCUUUUCACAGAUUACAGGCCUGUGUACACCGGGAAGGUGCUCACAGUGCCUGUGGAUGGAAGUCACUGGAAUACCAUGAAGGUUUUGAUCCUGGAGCUCAUGGCAAGGGGCCACGACAUCACUGUGGUCAGAUUCUCGAACAAUCUGAACAUCGACGCCUCGUCUCCAGACUUCAGUGUCCUCACGGUCCAGCUCCCGGAAAAUCAAGCAAGGACAAAGGAGGAGAAGAAACAAGUCGCCCAGUCCUGGAUAUUCCAUAAUGCCUUCAGCAGACAGAGCUGCUCCAGCGCUAGCGUCUGGCAACUCUUUGUGUCCAUUAGAAGAGUAAGUAGCGAUUACAGGCUUGCGAUUGAGGCCAUGUUUGACAAUGCCAUUUUGAUGAGGCAACUCCAAGAGACCAAUUUCGACAUUGUUCUAGCAGACCCUUUCUUUCCGGGGGGGGUGAUGCUGGCACGCUACUUAAACCUGCCCAUUGUUUUGUUCGGGAGGUGGAUGCCCACUGAAGACAUUCACUUAAAAAUUGCCCCAUCUCCUCUGUCAUACGUUCCCGUGCUGAACUCCAGACUCACGGAUAGAAUGUCCUUCACACAGCGAUUGAAAAACGUCAUCAUGUAUGGCUUUGGAAAUUUAGUGAACCACAUCUUUAUCUAUUCUAGUUAUAAUGAUCUCUGCUAUCGAUACCUGAAAUCGGACGAAAGCAUAUACACCCUUUACACACAGGCCGACAUUUAUCUGAUGAAAUUCGACUUUGCACUGGAGUUCCUUAAACCAAGCAUGCCAAAUGCCAUCUAUAUCGGGGGAUUCCACAUCAGGCCAGCAAAGCCCCUUCCUCCAGACCUCAAGGAUUUUAUGGAUGGUGCAGAAAAUGGUGUCAUCAUCUUCUCUCUGGGCACAAUAGCAAGCACUCUGCCUGCAAACGUGGCCACAGAGAUUGCAGCUGGUCUGGCUUUGCUUCCACAAAGAGUGGUGUGGCGUUACUCGGGUCCUCUGAUUCCUACAUUAGGAAAGAAUACCAAGCUUCUGAGCUGGAUACCCCAGAAUGACCUCCUGGGGCACCCUAACGCAAAGGCAUUCAUCGCACACGGAGGGGAAAACGGCAUCUACGAGGCCAUCUAUCACGGGGUGCCAAUUGUGGGCUUCCCACUGUUUGGGGACAAUUAUGAAAACCUCCUCCGUCUGUCAAUAAAAGGGGCAGCCGUCCUUCUCGAGAACCUACACCAGCUGACCAGGCAGGAUGUUUAUGUUGCUGUUCGCACGGUCAUAGAGAACCCGUCCUACAGGGCCAGCAUGCAGAAACUGUCGCGGUUACAUAGAGACACUCCGAUUCCGCCGAGAGAUCUGGCGGUAUUCUGGACAGAGUACGUAAUGCGGAACAAGGGGGCUCAACAUCUCCGAGCAGCAGGCAAUGACCUGCCAUUCUACCAGUACUUUCUUUUGGACGUGAUUUCCUUCAUCAUCCUUAUAUGCCUUCUACUCUGCUAUUCGUCUUGGACUCUGCUGAGAUUUAUUUGGAAUUCAUUAAACAGAAAGAAAGUUAAGAGGGACUAACUGACUGCAGUGGAAUCUUACGGGUUUAAGGAAGAGGAUUCAGAUUUACCGUGGCAUUUUGUCAGACAGAUGCUGAAAUACCAAGACAAUGUCACUUCUCUGAAAGGACUGGAAUCACGAUCAGAAGAAGCUGACCCCUAUGAAUGUUUGAUGAACAUCAAUUUUUCAGAGACAGCAAAUACAGAAACAGAUAACAAUUAAAACCUUAAACAACUUGAAGAGUUUCUUCUCAUCCUGGGCAAAUGGGGCCACAUGGAGACACCAAAGAACCCGACAGUCACACUGGAAGAAACCUAUAAAGGACGUGGGAACGCUGAUGUCCACUACCCACAAUGCCCCUUCUGCUCAGUGGCGCACUGUACAUUUAAUCUAGUGGCCAACCUCGCCAGCUGUUCAGAUGUUUUUCAUACAGGUAUACAAGGUCAAAGGAUGUGACUCAUCAAAUGAGCCUUUACAAGCCUGCAGCACUACUCUCUCAUUUCAAAAUGUCACCUGUCAAGGUUAUGCAUUGCUGUGUCUGGGUGGAAAACACUAUUUCUGAUGUAUCAUUUAUGAGACCCUAUACAUCCCAAAGCCCGCAUAGCACUUUUCCCACUGCUACCAACCACAUUGUGGGCAGAAUAUUUCCAUCCACACUUGACUGUUUAACAGAAAUAAAAUCAAUUUUUCAUUGCUACUCCUUGGUGGGAAACGGCACGACCUGAACAAAUUUUAUUUGGUUUUAUGAAAAGGAAUAAGUUGCCAUGGAGAAGUGGAUGGACAUUUUUCUCACAUCCCAAGCAACUAGAGCUUGAUGUUCAAAUACUUCCUAGAACAGCAACAAGUGGAUCGGCUAUGCAAUCCUCUGUGACAAUUCGCAGAUUUUAAGUUAUUUUUCUCCUGUAUAAAAACCUUAACAUGGAUAAUUUUUAUUAAAUGACACAAAUGAAAAAUAGGAGUAAUCUCAGUCCCUUCAAACAACAUAUACCGAAAAUAAGUAAGGGUUAAUGCAUAACAAGGUGUGCGCUGCACAUUUUUAAACACAUAACUGCAGAGAUGAAGACCCACCUGACACAGUGUAUAUUGCAUUAAACCACUUAUAUCACAGUCACUACACAUUCGGCAUACGUUUGAACCUAAACACCAUAUUUUCAUGUUUAAGCCGAAAACACAUUCAUUAGUAGAACUAUUUUCUGACACCAAAGAUUAAACAUUUUCAUUUAGAUUCCUUUCAUUUGAAAUUGUGUUCUAUGCCUGAAAUCUUCAAUAAAGUUUGUUAAAAUUAAAGAUUAUAAUAACGCCUUGAAUUACUACUGUGAUUGACCUGGCUGGCACUAUGCGCAUAGGUAUAGAAAAGUAAUCACCGCCCUUCUGGCCAAUCAGAUUUGAGAAUUCAACAGUGCUUUGGAAUAAAAUACACAGUAUACGAGUUAGUAAAUAAGAGAUGAAUAAUAAAAAAAAUGAUCCACUGUCAAAA